GGCGAAAGUUUCAGCAUGCCGGACGCUUUCCCGCCGGGCUUCCCUGUCCUUCGCUGGCUGCGGCGCGGCUGGGGGCUCUUGGCGGACCUGGCAGCGCUGGGCACCACGGCUUUCCUGCUGCAGCUCUCCAGGCCUGGCACCAGUUUGUUUUCCUGGCACCCUGUGUUCAUGUCAAUAGCAUUCUUUCUCUGCUUGACUGAAGCCAUCCUGAUCUUCUCGCCAGAUGGUUCCCUCUUCUGCUCCUGCUCCCUCAAGGUCAAAAUACAAAUGCAGACGCUGGCAUUCAUGGCUGCAACAAUGGGCUUGGCCUUCAUUGUCUCUAGCAGAAAUCGAAGGGAACUCUCACACUUUGUCUCCUGGCACAGCUGUCUAGGUCUUCUGACGCUUCUGGCCAUGUGUGGACAGAUCUUAUGUGGACUGUGCCUGUGGCUAAAGAUCUUCUCUGUGGCCCAGCUCCAACUGUAUCAUAUGAUGUAUGGACUGGUGGUUUAUCUGUUAGUCACUUUCACUGUGGUACUGGGGAUUUAUUCUGACUGGUUUCGGGCCCAGAUCAAAGCGGUGGCUUUGUAUUUCUGCCUGUGCCUACCCUUCUGUCCAGCUUUGGCUAUUAUGAAUCAAACUAUUAGAACUCAUGUGCCAAAAAUGAGAGAGUGUAUUUGAACUUUGGACUCUUCAGGAACUAAAUCCUAUCUCAUAGUCCCUUGUUUUUUCUUUAGUACAUUUGGGUUUGAGUUCCUGUGUGUACCUGGCCCCUUUUGUUCUGUAGGUCUAAUUUGUAUGCAUUCUGUAUAUCUCAAUACAGUGAACAAUUUUUCUUGAGCGAACUA